AAUUUUUUUGAGCACCAAGAAUUUUAUAAAAUGAACCUAAACAAAGAAAAAUUUAUUGAAUAUUUAGAUAUAAAUAAUGAAUCAGAAUCAAAUAGUACUAAAUUAUAUUGUUUUAAUGACGAUUUAUUUAUAAACGAUUUAAUUUCAAAACCGUUAGAAAAAAACGAUGCACAAAAUGAUGCUGAAAAAAUAAAAUUAUUUGAAGAUAUUUUUACCCCAAAAAAAUUUAAAAAAUCUUUAUCAUCAGAACAAGUUAAUUCAGUCCGAAAACCAAGCCCUAAAAAAUUCAAAAAAUCUCUUACAUUUUCUUCCCCAAGUAAUACCCACAAAACUUUACCAUUUUAUUUUAAAAACAACAUUGAAGACGAAAAGCAACAAAUUUCUUCGAUUAAUUUCGAAUCGACUUCCAAAGAAAUCGAAAAAAAUGAUAGUUCUGAAACAAUUUGUAUAAGUGAUGAAGAAAUUAAUUAUUCUUCUAUUUACUCAACACCUAAAACAUCAAAAAAAUCUCCUGAUAUAGUUAAUGAAAUAAUUGAAAAUCCAGUCGAUUUAAAUACACCGAAAUUGAUUCAUAAGAGAAUUACGGAACUCUCGAAAACUUUACCAAGAAAAAUUGAUGAAAAUUGUUCCUCAACGCCUGAUAAUGUUGUUAUUAAAACUAGAAAUAUAACGCCUAUGCCCAAUUACGAUCGAAUGAAUACGCCAACGAUAGCGGGGGAAUUAGAAAAGGUUGGGGUGAAAAAUUUAAAAAGACAUCGUGGUGUUCAAAUUUUAAAACAUAUCUAUUAUACAACACAUCCGGUAGUUGAAAAUGGUUCCGGACAAAACGAUGAUAGUGAUGAUGGUGAUUAUAGAUCUGUUAAAAGAAGAAAAAGUGAAUGUGAUUUUAAUAAUGUUGUAAAUGAGGAUUUAACGGUUUUGAGUCAAAAUGGUUUGGAUAAAAAAUGUGAUGGGGUGGAAUGUAAUGAAGGAGAUGGGGAAAUUGAAAUUGUUGGUGAUAUUCCAGAAAGCAAUGAACUAAUAUUUGAAAGAAAACCAUCAAAGAAGAUAUAUUCUUGUGCCUUACCAUUGCAUAUUGCGUGGUUUAAUUUUCUUACAUCAAACCCAGAAAUAAAAGAAAAUGUGCUAUUAUAUGUCCCCCUUCAAUUAGAAGUUUUAUAUGAAAUGAUGAAACAGGAAGGGUUCAAAUAUCACAUUCAGGAUCUCCUCACGUUUUUAGAUAAGAAAUGUAUCACGAUAAGAACAAAUCCACAAGGUGGACAGAAACAACAUCCAAGGAAAAACAAGGAUUAAAUGUAUUGAAUGAAUUAUUCUCCACCAUCAGUAUUUGGUUCUGCAUCAUUUGUAUUAUUUAUCUUAUGGUAUCGCUUCAAAUAAUGUAUCGUUUUAAUUUUUACUGUGAUGGUUUAUUCUUUUUAAAUAAGUCCUUUUUAUGUGUGCCACAGUUUAUACAAUAAAAUUAAUAAAAUUUAACUUACCUUUCGGAAUGAAUACAUUUUUCAAUUGAAUCUCGGACUAUAAAAUAUGAAAUUUUAGAUUUUAUAAAAAUUUAUAUCGUAAAUUAUUACCGUCUAUUACUCCUUUUUCGAGAACAUCUUCAAAUGCUAAGGGGUAGUUUUUUAGAUGAACAUACUUACCCAUUGUUUAUAAAAACUUUACACAAACUAAAUUAAACUAACACUAUAGUACACAAUAAAAUAACAACUAUUGACUAUAAAUUCAAAAAUUUUGUUAAAUUACACAAUCAUUAGUAGAAAAUCACGGAAAAUAAAGUUCAAAACGUA